CCUUCUUCUUUUCCUAUUAUUAUACACUUGUAUAAAUUCCAAGAGAAACCAUUUCUUAGCUUCCAACCUCAAUACUACUUCUUCUAUUCUACUACUACUUACUACUUCAACAGCAUUUUCUUCUAUAUAUCAGGUACCAUUCUCAGUUCCUAUUUUUUGUUUCAGUUUCUUUUCUUUCUUUUUUUUUGUUAGAAUUUCUGUGAUUCUUGAUUUCUUCAAUCAAACAUCUCAGAAUUUAGUAGCUCAAACCAAUUUCCAUGGAAGCCCUUUUUCAAGAACAGCUUUUUCCUUGUGCUGAUUCUUUCAUUUUUAGGCACCCUUCAAUUCCAAUGGAUCCAAGAAAAGAUGUUAUACAAAAUGGUGUCAAUGAUCAUCCUAGUUUUGUUCAAGAUUACCUUUCAAAUCAUGUUGUUGGAAAGGGAGAUUCUUCUUCUCCUAAAGAGGAAGGGGAAAGGGACUAUUCUGAUGCAAUGUACAAAUUCUUAAGUCAGAUGCUUAUGGAAGAAGAUGAUUUGGAGAAUAAGCCAUGUAUGUUUCAUGACUGCAUGGCUCUCCAAGCUAAAGAGAAAUACUUAUCCGAUGUACUUCAUGGAUCCGAAAACACUUAUUCCCCACAAUCUGUCAUUAUCAAUCCACACGAAUCCUCUAGUAUUCUCAGCAACUAUUCACCUGAUUCUAUUGAGUCGCCUCAAUGGGAUCUUAAUUUCGAAUCCCCUGUUUCCGUGUCCACUUUAUCUAAUCAUGACUCUUUCUUCACUUCCUUCGGCAAUGACCAUUUUGAAGGAGGAGCUGUUAAUGUGUUCCAAAGUGGCAGCAGCAGCAAUUCACCCACUGGUUUGAGGGAAAAGAAAAAUCGUCAUCGAGGAGAUGCUGCUGUAGACCAGCAGAGGAGUAACAAACAGAUGGCUACAUUUGUUCAUGAUGAAUCUGAACCAUUGGAAAUGUAUGACAACGUGUUGCUUUGUUUAAACAAUCCAUAUGUGGAACAGGAUAGUGCUACUAGUGUCACUUCCUACUCGCCGCCUAAUGAAGCCAAAAAAGCAAGCAAAGUUGGAAGGCCGAGAGGUGGUAGGAAGCAUACCAGCAUUGUCAAGAAGGAAAUGGUGGAUUUGAGGGCUCUGUUGACUCAAUGUGCGCAGGCGAUGGCAAGCUAUGAUAGCAGAACAGCUAAUGAGCUGCUGAUGCGGAUAAGAGAACACUCUACACCUCACGGCGAUGGGACGGAGAGGUUGGCUCAUUAUCUUGCCAAUGCCCUUGAAGCACGCCUGUCCGGCACAGGAACAGCUUUGUAUACAGCGUACGCACCCAGUAGGAUAUCAGCUGCUACCAUUUUGAAAGCUUACAAGGCAUUUAUCACAGCAUGUCCAUUCAAGUUGCUGUCAAACAUUUUCGCAAACAAGUAUAUCAGAAAGGUCAUUGCUGGAGCACCAAAGAUACACAUAAUUGAUUUUGGGAUUUUGUAUGGUUUCCAAUGGCCCUGUCUCAUACAAGGUCUAUCCAUGAGGGCUGGGGGACCUCCAGAGCUUCGCAUUACUGGAAUCGAUCUUCCCCAGUCAGGUUUUAAGCCAGCAGGGAGGGUUGAGGAGACAGGGCGUCGCCUGGAGAAGUACUGCAAGCGAUUUAAUGUCCCUUUCAUAUUCAAAGCCAUCGCGAAGAAGUGGGAAAGCAUCACGCUUGAAGAUCUUGAGAUUCAAAGGGAUGAAGUGUUGGUAGUUAACAGUUUGUAUAGGCUAGGAAACAUACCUGAUGAGACAGUAGUACCAAACAGUCCAAGGGAUGCUGUCCUGAAUUUAAUCAGGAGAAUCCGUCCUGAUUUGUUCAUCCAUGGUGCGUUGAACGGUACUUUCAACACUCCAUUUUUCGUCACACGAUUCAGGGAGGCGCUUUUUCACUUCUCUUCACUGUUUGAUAUGUUUGAGGCUACUAUGCCCCACGAGGAUGAGGACAGAAAGCUAUUUGAGGAAGAGGUUUAUGCAAGAGAUGCUAUGAACGUGAUAGCUUGUGAAGGGACAGAGAGAGUCGAGAGACCUGAAACAUACAAGCAAUGGCAACUUAGAUGCGUUAGAGCUGGAUUCAAACAAGUGCCACUUGACCAGGAGAUUGUGAAGAUAGUGAGGAAUAAAGUGAGGUCGGAGUACCACAGGGACUUCUCAGUUGAUGAAGAUGGACACUGGAUGCUGCAAGGAUGGAAAGGACGCGUAAUUUACGCUCUCUCUUGUUGGAAGCCUACUAAGCAGUCUGUAAAAUUAGUCUAGUUUAUCAGGCCAUUUCUUCUAUGCUAUGGCUGUAUUUUCAUAUGCUAGUGGAGUUUGUAGCAGCAGCAUUUUGGAAGUUAUUCUAAUUUAGUUUCACUC